AUGUCCUCCUCCUCGACAACCACAACAACAUCACCAUACCCUUUCGCCACCGCCCCCGACAUCAUUCGCUCUCACCAAAAGGAUGCAUACUUUACCGGCCAUCUCGCCCAGAUCCUCAGCGACCUGCACCGUCGCCUCCGCGGCGCCCGCCUAACACACGCCCGCGCCCCCGAGAUCCAGACCCUCGCGGCACUCGCCUACUUUGCCCUCACCACGAUCCCCGGUAACCGCACGCUCGGCGAGGAGUACUGCGAUCUUGUGCAGAUUGAUGCGCGCGACGGCCAACUGCCUGCCAUUGACCGUCGCGCCGGCUACGUGGCCGCCAGCAUUCUCCUCCCCUAUAUUGCUGCCCGGGUACUGCCCGGACUGCGCGCCCGAGUUCGCAAGCUUCUGCAGCGGCGAUUGGAAACCCUGCGCAAAAGGGAUGGCCAGUCAGCUACAGGGCGUGAGGCGCGCAUAUGGUCAUACCUGGAACAACAUCUGAGCUCUUUUACAUCGGGCGCUCCCUUUCAAGCUGUUAUUCUAGCACUUUUCUACUUUAGCGGCACAUAUUACCAAUUGUCUAAGCGACUCCUUUCCCUGCGAUAUGUCUUUACACGCACCGUCCCCGAUACGCCCGACCGCGCAGGGUAUGAGCUACUUGGUGUGCUGCUAGUGGUCCAGCUCGCCGUUCAGAGUUAUUCGCAUAUUCGCUCUACCAUCACCGAAUCAGCGGCUCGCGAACGCGCCGCCUUCGGAUCGUCUGACGACAUCUCUCUUAAUCAUGAUGGUGCUUACAACCAAGACAACAACUUGCUGCUGUCCACAGGCGGACCAGGCUCCAAAACCAAAGUUGACAUCUUUGCUGCGACGCACACACCAGCAGCGACCGUGCCGCGCCUCCAGUUGACUGGUGAUAAUACUAUGGGCUACAUAAAGGGUGGACAACAGAGAAAGUGUACCCUCUGCUUAGAAGAGAUGAAAGAUCCCUCAGCAACACAAUGCGGUCACGUCUUUUGCUGGGAGUGCAUAGGGGACUGGGUGAGAGAGAAGCCCGAGUGUCCAUUGUGUCGUCGGGAAGCCAUGGCUCAACAUAUUCUACCGUUGCGAGUGAUGUAA